GGCACAUUUCUCAGCAGCCAAUGAGGAGCGAGUCGAGGCGGGCGCAAGAGUGAAGGCGUACCUCUGAACAGAAGAUGAAUUUCCAACAGCAAGGAUACCGGGCAACAAAGCCCAGAGCCCGAGCAUCUCCUCCCACUGGUGGUCCUAUGCUUUUUGAUGACACCAGUUCUGGACCCCCACCCAUGAAUAACCAGAACUACUAUAGUUCAGGUUAUAAUAUGGCGGAAAUGCCAGCAGGCGGUCAGGAACCUGGAGUGGGCAACAUUUUUGCAGAUCCAGUGGCCAAUGCUGCGAUGAUGUAUGGCUCAUCGCUUGCCAACCAAGGCAAGGAUAUUGUGAACAAAGAGAUUAACCGAUUCAUGUCAGUGAACAAACUGAAGUAUUUCUUUGCAGUCGAUACCAAAUAUGUUAUGAAGAAGCUGCUACUUCUCAUGUUCCCAUACACGCAUCAGGACUGGGAAGUACGUUACCAUAGAGACACUCCUCUCACACCACGCCAUGAUGUCAAUGCUCCAGAUCUCUACAUACCCACAAUGGCUUUUAUCACCUACAUUUUGCUGGCUGGAAUGGCUUUAGGAAUCCAGAAACGGUUCAGUCCUGAAGUUCUGGGUUUGUGUGCCAGCACAGCUCUGGUUUGGAUGAUUAUUGAAGUUCUUGUCAUGUUGCUCAGUCUUUACUUGCUCACAGUUCACACAGACCUCUCAACAUUUGACCUUGUGGCUUACAGUGGAUACAAAUAUGUGGGGAUGAUUUUCACGGUGUUGUGUGGACUGCUUUUCGGCAGUGAUGGUUACUAUGUUGCUCUUGCCUGGUCAUCUUGUGCCCUCAUGUUUUUCAUUGUUCGUUCUCUAAAAAUGAAGAUCCUGUCUUCAAUCUCAGCAGACUCUAUGGGUGCAGGAGCCAGCGCCAAACCCCGCUUUCGCUUGUACAUAACAGUGGCAUCUGCCGUCUUUCAGCCAUUCAUCAUUUACUGGCUCACUGCUCAUUUGGUCAGAUGACCUCCAGUAUUUAUUUAUAUUAUGAAGGGACUUUAAAAUGACAGUGCUGGACUGGGAUGAUUUUGGCAUUGCUACAGAAAAGUGACUUACCAUGAUUGUGUUUUUCUUCACGGAGGAUUUGAUCUUUGAUAUUGCCUCUGUCUGCAUUGACAGUUGCAGAUAAUUUUUUUGAAAAUAUAUUUAAACCUUUUUUUUUUGGAUGUUUUUUCUGCCAUUGUUUUCACAUGGACAAAAUGGGAAAAUAACAGUUUGACUGCUCUUGUGUGCUCUUCGCCAUGCUGCAUUGGUGUCACAAAAUCCAGACUUUCUCUAAGAGGCAUGUUAAUUUAUCUGCCCUGUGCUGUGAUUCUCAUGUGAUGUGUAAUUGGUGAACACACGGUCAACUCAAGUGUCCUUCUUUUUCUGAUAAUCCAUGCAUGAAUAGCAGUGUUUCCUUCUUUAUAGCAAAAUAAAUCCUAUAAUUUAGGCUUUUAA